UUACACCUGUAUCCAAAUCAGCUCAACAUCGCUCUCUGUAAACCUCCCACUAGGCUUCCUCCUUGAGCCUUGCAACCUUUUCCGUCUGUGAUGUGGUCUGGCAAGCGCGAUGUCAUCAAUGCAGAAGAAACGACGCUCGUUUUUGAAACGUCUGAUCCCCUGGAUCUUGUUUCCACGUUCUAAAGCUGUAACGGCCUCUCCCAAUGUUGCAGUCCCUGUCCAAUCUAUCCCUAUACCUUCAGUCGCCAACGGGCGUAUCGAUACAAUAGGCCAUGUUCAUCCAAGAACGCUUUUAUCAAUUGUGUGGCAUAGAGGUGCCACAGAUGCCAUAGUGCCACGACGUACAUUACUGCAAGCAUUUGUACAUCCCUUGAAGAUUCUCGAGAAGACGGCGGAAGGUAUUCCAGUUCCAGGGUUAAAAGGUGUAGUGGCUGCGCUUGUUGCGAUUGUCGACAUUAUUCAGGAAACUGAUCAAAACAAGCGGGAUCUUCAAGAGAUUGUUGAUAUGAUUGAAGCGCUUGAUUAUCUUCUAUCCCCUUUCAAAACCCUACCAGACAGGAAGAUGGAGAUCCCCAUGGCCUUGAAAGAACACAUUGAAGGCUUUCAAACCUCCCUUGCUUCAGUAGAAGACACAUGUCGAAACCUCCAAAACAGCACUCUUAUUGACGGGCUUCUCUACUCAUCCGAAGAUAAGCAGAUCAUAGUGGGUAUAUUCCGGCGACUGAGGUCCUUGUUGACAAGUUUGACGGCCGGAUCCGUGCUUCGUAUUGAAGUCAACACCUCGAGUAUACAUGCAGAUGUACAUUCAUUAAUUAUCAACGCUAUUCCGCGUUCCCAAGCUGCGCGCUGGCGGAAUGGAGCACCAGGCGAGUGCUUAGAGGGUACACGAACUGCGAUUUUGGAGGACAUAAUGACCUGGAUACUGAAUGAGUCCGACACGCGCUGCGUUUGUUGGUUAAACAGCGUUGCUGGUGCGGGCAAGAGUACCGUGGCAAGGAGCGUCGCGCAUUGGGCUGCGGACAGAGGCAUCCUUGGGGGAAGCUUCUUUUGCUCCAGGAAUGACUCGCAGCAAAAAGGAUGCGAAACUUAUUAUUCCUACCAUCGCUUUUCACCUCUCUGAACUCGAUAUGGGCUUUCGCCGGGAACUCGUUUCGGUUGUGCGGCACUGGGACGGUAUUGAUUUGGAAAUGCCAUCUCAGCAGCUGGAGAAGCUGGUGAUCAAGCCAUUGCGAAACACUGGCCGUUGUUCCGGACCGCUUUUUGCUUAUUGUUGAUGCGCUGGAUGAAUGCACGAAUGAGAUUGCUCGUCGCGAGCUGAUUUCGGGCUUUCUAUCCAUCACCCCUGAUUUCCAAACUUUGAGGAUCUUGUUAACUAGCCGCCCUGAAAUUCCCGGAACGUGAAACUUUCCAGUCGAUUUCAACUGAUAGAUGGAAAGAUAUCAUCCUGC